GAGUGUUUCUAUAAUUUUAUUUUAUUAGAUAUUUUUGAAGGCACAGACACGUGUGAAGCGACAAUGUCGCCAUCUGAUAUUAAAGUUCGGAAAUAAAAAAAAUGUAUGUCGAGUGUGUGAUGUGUGCUAUGUAAUUGCAAAAAUAUUUAUAUUAUUGACGAUAAAAAUCACUAUAAUGUCGAUCAAUACAUUAUGCGCUGCAUUUCGCAAAAUUGCAGUAGGCAGGAUAAGUAGUGCUGCUGCUGCAAAAUAUUCGACACAAUCAAGUUGCGAUGUAACUAUAGUUUCCCGUUUAUCAUCUAAUAAUUGUAUACAAUGUACAGGAUUGACACAUAGCAUUAAAUUUAUACCAAGAACACUUAACAUAGACUUUGGGAUACCUGCGAGUGGAAAUUUAAUAAGAAAUAUUAUUGAAACGCCUUCCACCAAGAUUUCUCCACUGCAAGAACCUGUGGAACGUUUGCCCAUUCAAUAUGAUUCUCCUGUACUAGAAAAAUCUGUAGAUCUACCUACAAAUGGAAGCAUCAUUGAGAAACAGGCAGUGAACAUGUUAAGAAUCAGACACAAGAAAAUGAAGAAACAUAAACUAAAGAAACUACGUAAGAAGAUGAAAUUUGUAUGGGCGAAGUUAAGACUGAAGAGGAAACAGAAAAAGGAGAAACUUUUUCAGGCUGAGCUAAUUGGCAAAGUUAAGGAAGCUCAAGCGUUUGACGCUAAGCAGUACGUAAACGAGAGACUGAACAUCUUGAAUAAGGAGAGACUACCAAGGACCUUUAGAGGCGAGCUUUUGCCUCCUGAGAUGAUUAAACAAUUUUUAGACGAAAAAAGAGCGAGAUACGAGGCCAAACGUUACAAACCUCGUUUAACCCUGUAAUUUACUAUGUAUAAGUCUUGGCAAUAAAAUUUUAUCUUGGAGUGGUAAA